UGCAGAUGCCUUGAACAUUCACCGCUUCACCGCCACGCGCACAAAUUAGACACGCGCCUGUGUUGAAGCGACCGCCGCCUGAGUUCACUUCACCCGGGAUUAAACUAUGCCUCGGCAGGAGAAAAGUUAUCCAGCAUUUCCGUCAUGGAAAUAGGCAAAAUUUCACAUUCAAGAAUGCCAGGAAACUGACUGAGAAGCAGAAUGGAUCUUUGGAUAUUUCCAUCUUUGCUCCCAAACUUGUCAGAGUCUUUAAUAUAUGAGAGCUUCAUGUUGGGCAAUGAUUCGGAUGAGAGCUUAAGGAAUGCCACUGACCACAGCUUAACCAAUACCAGCACAGUAGUCAUCACUUUUAUUUACUUUGCAGUUUGUGCUGUAGGGCUUAGUGGCAAUGCUCUGGUAAUUUAUGUCAUCUUGCGUUAUGCCAAGAUGAAGACAGUCACCAACAUCUACAUUCUCAAUUUGGCUGUGGCUGAUGUGCUUUUCAUGAUGAGCCUUCCCUUCAUUGCCAUCCAGUUAGCCCUGGUUCACUGGCCCUUUGGGGCAGUGUUGUGUCGUGUGGUCAUGACUGUGGACUCUCUCAAUCAGUUCACCAGCAUCUUCUGUUUGAUGGUAAUGAGCAUCGAUAGAUACUUGGCAGUUGUGCAUCCUAUCAAGUCCACCAAGUGGAGAAAGCCAAGAAUGGCCAAGACCAUCAACGUGGCAGUGUGGGGAGUGUCCUUGCUGGUCAACUUGCCCAUCAUCAUCUACAGCAGCUUGAUUACCAAGCCAGGUGGUUGUUUCUGCACCAUUGUGUGGCCUGAGCCACAGGAGGCCUAUUACACAGCCUUCAUGUUCUACACUUUCUUUCUGGGCUUCUUUCUGCCAUUACUAGUCAUUUGCAUGUGCUACCUGCUCAUCAUCAUAAAAGUAAAAUCAUCUGGAAUACGUGUAAGCUCCUCCAAACGGAAGCGUUCAGAAAGGAAGGUGACCCGCAUGGUUUCCAUUGUGGUAGCUGUGUUUGUGUUUUGCUGGCUUCCGUUUUAUGUCUUCAAUGUGACUUCUGUGACUGGCACCAUAAGCACCACACCCAUCUUGAGGAGUACCUUUGCCUUUGUGGUGGUGCUGGGAUAUGCUAACAGCUGUGCCAAUCCGAUACUUUAUGCCUUCUUGUCUGAGAAUUUCAAGAAGAGCUUCCAGAAUGUACUGUGCCUGAAAAAAGUAGGUGGCCUGGAUGAAAUUGACCACAGUGACAGUAGGCAAGACAAGACACGGAUGAACCCUAGCGAAACCCAAAGCACACUACUGAAUGGAGAUCUGCAGACCAGCAUUUGAGACAGAAGAACAAGACAUUUAAUCUUGUUAAGUCACUUGUAAAAUAAACAGAUGGACAGUGGUAGUAAUCAACCUGUUUCACCAGCUGACAGAAGGAAUAGCUUUACUUACCUUUUUAUGUCCAGUUAUAGCUCAAUAUGAAGUUCCUACUGAGAAAAGAAGGAAGACAAGCCAAAGUAUUUGUCAUCUUUUUUUGUAGGUUUUUAAAGAUUUAAAAAAAAUCUCCCACUUGUAAUGUCCUGGAUAUAUUCAAGGACUAUUGUACACUUGGUGGUUUGUAUAUAUAUAUAUAUAUAUA